AUGGAUAUCGACGACAAUGCCUCCAUCGCUUCUACAAUUGAAGAAGAGGCCGACCCAGAUGCUGAAUUUCCAGUGAAACAAAUCCUAGCUGAGGGCCAGGUUGGCGGCCGGACCAUGUAUCUCCUUGAAUGGGAAAAUUAUCCUCUUAGUGCAGCAUCAUGGGAGCCAAAAGAGAACAUUCAGGGAGACAUAUUGGAAGACUGGUAUCGUACGAAGCAAAAGCAGGAAGAGGGCCAGAUCCCCAAAUUUGAUAUUGAUGAGUGGCGCAUGGCGCUUAUCCAGCAUGUUCGAGAUAAAUACGCCCGUCAUGAAAUGCGAAAUCGCGAACGUCAGCGCCGCGGAUUGGAAGUUGGGCACUUUACCAAGACUUUAGAGCAAUUUAUUGCCGAAGUCAACGCCACCCCAAGUGACCUACCUCAAGUCGCAAGCGAAAGUGUUCACCAAACGGUCACUGCGAACGCCCCAAAACAUACUACACAGCAUGCUGAGGUUUCCGGGGAACGCUCUCCUCCUUCGUCAAUCGACGGACUGUUUUCAGAAUCUGACUCAGAAUUGAAGUUUGGGUCUUCUUCUGGAAAUUGUCAUCUUGGCAGUGAAGAAGACUUGACAGUGUCUUCACCAAGCACAAACCCAAAACUUGUAGAAGAUGCGGCAAUACAACGAUCAGAAUGUUCACCACAGCGUGUUGCUGGUAUCGCCAUAGAUUCUAUCGAAAACAUGGCUUCCGACGUUCUGGCUAACCAAGCGCCAGGUACGUUGUCUGGACACGCGCGUGACGCAGCGUCCGACCUCGGCGGCGAUGCCAUGGAUAUUGACGAUGAGAGUGGACAUGUUUUGCCGGGACGUUCGUCUCCAAACCGAGGGGGCGAUCAUAACAGCCUGCGUGAGAGCCGUUCAGUAAAAACGAUUGCCGCCUCAAGCAACAGUAUUCAGCCCUUCCCUGAAGCAAGCCUGGCAGCAGGCAAAUCUUCACUACUGCGAGGGGGGCCUAGGAACGUCGAAGAGAAUCAGAAGCGAGGUGUCUCAUCUACCCUAGCAUCAAUGCCUAUCAAACCCUUGAAGCGAGUUUCAUUCUCCCUAGCGGCACCGAUCAAAGAAAAGCCGAGCAGCAAAUCCGAAUCGAGCCUAUUCGUACCCAAUCACUGUCAAAAGCAGGCUUCAUCAACUUCCAGCUCGAAGAUGGGGACAUUGAUCAGCUCAAAGUCGAACUCUGCCGAAGAGAAAUAUUUGCAAGGGCGAAGUAAUACUGAAGAAAGCUUACCAAAAACCUGUGUCAUUGGAUCGGUCAAGCUAGCGUGCUCGUUCCACGUCUCUUCGCCACCAGAAAACUCGCAAAUGAGAUUAUAUGCGGAGAUUAUGGACCUCGAGGAGUUUCAGUUCUCGCAUGUAUGCACCGCUCAAGACGUUAUUUGGCAGUUACGCGCUUCCGAACUCAGCUCAGGUCCUCGGGUUACAGGAACUGCCUGUUCACAUUUUCAAGCAGAUAAGCUAGAGACAGUAUUGAAUUGUCUGCAUUCGUCCUCUUUUGGCCUAUUCUGUCACAAUGAUGGGUUCUGUCUCAUGAUGUACCCAAGCAAAUGUGCCGACUGGCAGCAGCAUCCGCUUCCAACAUCAACACCGCCAACAGGUCAUUUACUUCGAUAUCUAGCGUUUGCGACAGCGCCAAAAUUUCGCGUCUGUGAUAUAUCGUUGGAGUACAGCCUUCCGUACUCCUCAGGCAUUGGCAUCUUUGACAAACAACUCUACCGCAAACUACUACCGAGUAAUGACCAGUUCGACAAGACUCAGCCAGUCUUGGAUAGUUUCUUUCUGGUUUUCCCGCCAUCAGCAAAACCAGAAGAAGACUUGCUAUGUCGAUGGCUAAGGGUAUUCAACAGAAAUUGUGAGAUCCGUUCCUGCGCCGUAUCGGGUCACUGGGCGAAAUUUGUCGAUGGGCUCAGAGGAGCAGUGAUUCUACACCAGGACUGCGUUCAGCUACUACAUCGUUUGCCUCACUUUUCAAAAUUACUCCACAGCCGAAAUGAAGAUUACAACUUUUGGAUCUUCCGACUACCCUUUUGCUCCCCAGUUUCGGAACAACACUUCAUGGACGAGUAUCUGGAGCAAGUUGGCAUCGCUUUGGACUGGGCAUUUCCACCUGGCAUCGCAGUAAUGGCCCCUCCUAGCUUCUUUCUUUCGCAACCUACGCAGGCGUACAAUAUGUUAAAGUGGAUUUGGCAAAACUUUUCGGCUGAAGCUCCGGUCUACCGUCAUGGGAAGCUGGUCGUCUGUCAUAACAUGGAUGAUUGGCUGCUCAACUUGAUGUUAGAAAAGAGCAAGGCCAGUCUCGAGGCGCGCGAGCCCAAACAAAUUCUUGAAGUUCGAAUGAAAACCUUCAUGCUGAUGAAAAAGUUGUUGGGCCAAGACAAUGAGGAAAUAUCGUCUCCAGUUGUUUACGCACCGCGUAAUAUUGACGGCAACGACGAGCAAAGCCUUGUCAAUUGGUUUGGAUGGUGGAGUGUAUCUCAGGUGCACAAAUUUCGGAAAUUCACUGUGAUUUGUUCAGAUAACGAGGACGAUAAAAGACUGUCAAGGUAUAUUGAGCGAGCUACCUUGAGGGAAAUGUUUUCGGCAGCCUAUGGGCUUGGUGGUACGACGUCGACUACACAGCGCGCGAGCCCUACACUAGUCACGAGCGACACGCCAGAUUGUCUCAGCGCAUACAUUAGAAGUGUGAGCAACGAUGCACACGCAAGCUUGUGGAAUCCUCUCGUGAUUUGUCCCUGGCCUCUUGUCCAACAUGAGGGAACUUCGCAGUACGGCGAUGCUAGUCAGUGGGUCAAUUUUUUCGCGGAACAUUAUAUUCUUCCACUGCUCAAUGGCAAAGCCUUUGCUAAAAAGAAGAACACUGCAGUGGGAUUUUUCUACUUGGUAGAUGGCACCCCAUAUCAAGUUGACCGACUUAACGUACAGCCAGCGCAUGCUUGGCUGGCUUUUGUACGACCAAUGGAGCUGCAUCGAAAACCGUGGAAGUACGCCGAGCUACUCUUUUGGGACUUUCGCCUCCGAGACGUGGCACACCGGUCACAAACGAUUUCCGAGUCAGAUCUGUCGUCCGCACAAAGAAAUCUCAUCACGGAAGUAACUAAGAAGUAUGCUAAGAUGAAUCUCCCACUCGGCAAGGUUUGGGCCGGUGGCUUCAAGGCAUCUAAGAUGCACCCGCAUCCUUUAGACAUUACACUCGACUGGAUGAAGGCAAUGGUAGCCAACGUUAAGAGCUGGCUCCCCCUGAACCACGACGACUUGUUGAAUCGUGGAUGGAGCCUAGUCCGCAGCCGCAGCUCGCCAUCCAUGUCCCACUCUCCGGCCUUGUCACGCUAUGCCGCAUCCUCUGGCGGCGCAGAGACUGGAGACAAUGAGGCAACAGAGGAGCCACAAAUCAUCUUGUUCGAUCCACCAAAUUCAAGCUCUGCUGACUCGAUACCAUAUAAAAAUAGGCUGUAUCAGUGGGCAAUGGCUGAUCGUGUUUCAAGGGAGUUCGAGUAUACAUAUGUGCCGACGUUGGAGUGGUACAGGGAGCAACAAGAGUCAGGUCGAGGCUUCGAGCAUAUUCGCGUGCUGUCGUGGAAGGAAUUUUUUGAACAUUACAGAAUCGAUGACCCAGAAAAAUAG